AGGCUAAACACGCAUUCCGUCUGUUAUACUUCCUGGUGAUCAAAUAUAUAUUUGUGCAUAAUUUUAUUACUUGAUUGGUCGUUCGCUUGAGUAUAUUCUAACUCGCAACGCAAUGAACGCUGCGUGUCUUGUUCUGUGUUUGUGUGUAGGAUACACAACGGCGGUGCCACUGGACCUUAAUAACCAGAUUGAAGUUAGCGAGUUCGUCCUACCCGAGGAGGAUUAUGAGGUUCCAGACACAGAAUUCACAGAAAAUACCCAGGAUUGGGCUGUCGGAGACAAAAGGAAUGCUAUAAAUACCAAUACGUAUCACACUGCACUGUGGACAGGAGGGGUAGUUCCCUACGUCAUCAGUAGUAGCUACCCUGCUUCGAUCAGACAAACAUACGAAGCGGCAAUGCGGGAGAUUGAAGAAGACACCAAGGUUCACGGGAAAACCUGUGUUCACUUCGUCCCAAGGACUUCCCAGUCGGAUUACAUCCAGAUUAGUCCGGAAACUGGGUGCCAUUCUCCCGUUGGCCAUCACAGAGGACGCGGUGACGUAUCCCUAGGACAUGGAUGCGAGUCUAAAGGAACUGCCAUGCACGAGUUUCUGCACGUGCUUGGAUUCUUUCACGAACAUGAACGCUAUGAUAGGGAUCAAUACGUUACAAUACAUUUGGAAAACGUGAUAACACAUAACCAGAAAGACUAUACAAAGGAGACCACUCAGCAGAUGAACACACUUGGUGUUUCGUAUGACUAUGGAUCCAUAAUGCACUAUGGAGCAUAUGCUUUUGCUGCCGACAAAUCAAAGCCAACUAUGGUUCCGAAAUCUCAUUCCGCGGUGAUUGGACAGCGUCUCGCGCUCAGUAGGAAGGAUGUACAAAAAAUACAGCUUCUGUACAACUGUGGAGUUGAUCUAUCCCAUAUAGCAGAGCCGUCAUUACCACAUAAAAUAAUAAACUGUGACUUCGAGACGACCUGUUCACAUCUCCACCAGGAUACCACUGAUACCUUUAACUGGGUACAACACUCGGGUGCCACGCACACUCACGGUACUGGUCCGAACGCUGACCACACUAACUCAGCAGGUAAGUACUAUCUAGCCCAGGCCAGGCACCAUCACAAUAAGGUCGCCCGCCUAAUCACAGAUACCCUGCCAUCUGGUCAGACCUGUAUCUCUUUCUCCUACUUCAUCUACGGAUCUGGUGUGAAGGAGUUCAGCAUGAAAGCAGAAGGUACCGGGAUUGAUUACACCUUUAAGCGAUUCCCCGGCAGUCAGGUUAAUCAGUGGACCACACAGUUCAUUACACUGACCGUCCCAAGGAGUUUUAAGCUGGUACUACAAGCUUCGAUCGGAAACAGUGACCUAGGCGAUAUCGCCAUCGACGACUUGUCAGUUUACACAGGCGCAUGCGUCCAUCCAUAAAUUAAUCAUUCUCGUUUGUUAAAUUCUGCUCAUUAUGUGAAGAUUGGGAAAUAAAUGUGAAGAA